AUGAUGAAUCCGGAUUACAUUGGUCCAUUGAAGGAUAUUAGACAGGCGGCUGUAGAAGAAUUAAAAUCUGCAAAUGACAGUCAACAUUGGUUUUGCGGUGGCGACAGAAGUAUUGGAAUUGCAGUUGAGUUAAUUAAAAAUUUUAAGAUUAUAGCCGUACCAACAGAUACUAUUUUCGGCUUGACAGGACUUGCUCAAAAUUCAAGUACUGUUCAGAAGCUAAACGCCAUAAAACGUCGAGAUGAAAAUAAAUUUCUCUCCAUUUGCGUCAGUGAUAUUUCGGAAAUAAAUACAUGGGGUGAAGCUUCUCAUUUAUCAAUAGAUCUUUUGGAAAAACUUUUACCUGGUCCCGUGACAAUUGUUCUAAAGCGAACCGAUAAUUUAAAUCCGGAACUGAAUCCAGGUAUUUCAACCAUUGGUAUACGAAUACCCGAUUCGGAUUUUUUACGAUGUGUCAUUAAAUAUAUUGGAGAACCGUUAGCACUUACAAGUGCGAAUGAAAGUAAUUGUCCGAGUACUCUACAUCCAGAUGAAUUUAAAAGUUUGUGGCCUUAUCUGGGUGGUAUUUUUCAUGAUAAUGCCAACAAUACAAUCUUGAGGGAUAAGAGAAAACUUGGAUCUACUAUAGUUGACUUAAGUGAACCAGGAUGUUAUAAACUUAUUCGACCAGGCAUGGCGUGCAGUGAAACUACUCAAUGUUUACUUAGUUUUGGUUUGAAGAGAAUAAAAGAAAGACGUAGUGAUAAAAAGAAAAAUGAAGAGGCACAAGUACAAGCUGUUGUUGGAUUUUAACUUUUUUAUUUCCUUUAUAUACAAAAUUAUGUUAUGAGAGUGUUAUUUAAUAAAACUUUUUGAAAUAUAAA